AGUCAGGUCUGCGUCCGCUGAAGUCCGGCCGCCGCGGCGCUGUCGUCGCGGCGCCCCCGCCCCGUCCUUAGCCCGCCCGCCCGCACCGCCCCCCGGAGCCGGCCGGCCGGGCCGGGAGCCAGGCCCGAGUCCUCGCCAUGCCGGCCCGGCUGCUGCUGGUGCUGCUGGCGCUGCUGCUGCCUGGCCCCGGGAUUUUUGGAAGUCCCAGCACAGUGACGCUUCCUGAAACCUUGUUGUUUGUGUCAACUCUGGAUGGAAGUUUGCAUGCUGUCAGCAAGAGGACAGGCUCGAUCAAAUGGACUUUAAAAGAAGAUCCAGUUCUGCAAGUUCCAACACAUGUGGAAGAGCCUGCCUUCCUCCCAGAUCCCAAUGACGGCAGCCUUUAUACGCUUGGGGGCAAGAAUAAUGAAGGCCUGACGAAACUUCCUUUUACCAUCCCAGAGUUGGUACAGGCAUCCCCAUGCCGAAGUUCAGAAGGAAUUCUCUACAUGGGUAAAAAGCAGGACAUUUGGUAUGUCAUUGACCUUCUGACCGGGGAGAAGCAGCAGACUCUGUCGUCGGCCUUUGCAGACAGUCUCUGCCCAUCAACCUCUUUGCUGUAUCUUGGGCGAACGGAAUACACCAUCACCAUGUACGACACCAAAACCCGCGAGCUCCGGUGGAACGCCACCUACUUCGACUAUGCAGCCUCGCUGCCUGAGGACGACGGGGACUACAAGAUGUCCCACUUUGUGUCUAACGGUGACGGGCUGGUGGUGACCGUGGACAGUGAAUCCGGCGAUGUCCUGUGGAUCCAAAACUACGCUUCCCCCGUGGUGGCCUUUUACGUCUGGCAGCGGGAGGGUCUGAAGAAGGUGCUUCACAUCAAUGUCGCCGUGGAGACCCUGCGCUACCUGACCUUCAUGUCCGGGGAGGUGGGCCGCAUCACCAAGUGGAAGUACCCGUUCCCCAAGGAGACGGAGGCCAAGAGCAAGCUGACGCCCACCCUGUAUGUCGGGAAGUACUCUACCAGCCUGUAUGCCUCCCCCUCCAUGGUUCACGAGGGAGUCGCCGUUGUGCCCCGAGGCAGCACUCUUCCUUUGCUGGAAGGCCCCCAGACUGAUGGGGUCACCAUCGGGGACAAAGCGGAGUGUGUGAUCACGCCCAGCACAGAUGUCAAGUUUGACCCUGGGCUCAAAGGCAAGAACAAGCUCAACUACCUGAGGAACUACUGGCUUCUGAUAGGACACCAUGAAACCCCCCUGUCCGCUUCUACCAAGAUGCUGGAGAGAUUCCCCAACAACCUGCCCAAACAUCGGGAAAACGUGAUUCCUGCCGACUCAGAGAAGAAGAGCUUUGAGGAAGUUAUCAACCUGGUUGACCACACUUCAGAAAACGCGCCUACCACCGUCUCACAGGAUGUGGAAGAGAAAUACGAGCGUGCCCCGGCCAAACCUGAGGCCCCCAUGGACUCUGUGCUCAAGGACAUCGCCACCAUCAUCCUGAGCACCUUCCUGCUCAUCGGCUGGGUGGCCUUCAUCAUCACCUACCCCUUGAGCAUGCAUCAGCGGCAGCAGCUCCAGCACCAGCAGUUCCAGAAGGAACUAGAGAAAAUUCAGCUCCUGCAACAGCAGCAGCUGCCCUUCCAUCCACCUGCAGACGUGGCUCAGGAUGCUGAGCCCUUGGACUCAUCCGGCCUGUACUCCGAGAGCUCAGGCACCAGCAGCCCCAGCACAUCCCCCAGAGCCUCCAACCACUCGCUGCACUCCAGUGGCUCUGCCUCCAAGGCUGGCAGCAGCCCCUUCCUGGAGCAGGACGAUGAGGAUGAGGAAACCAACAUGGUGAUAGUUGGGAAGAUUUCAUUCUGUCCCAAGGACGUGCUGGGUCACGGAGCUGAGGGCACGAUUGUGUACCGGGGCAUGUUUGACAACCGUGACGUGGCCGUCAAGAGGAUCCUCCCCGAGUGUUUCAGUUUCGCUGACCGUGAGGUCCAGCUGCUUCGAGAAUCCGAUGAGCACCCCAACGUGAUCCGCUACUUCUGCACGGAGAGGGACCGGCAGUUCCAGUACAUUGCCAUCGAGCUAUGUGCCGCCACCCUGCAGGAGUACGUGGAGCAGAAGGACUUUGCCCACCUCGGCCUGGAGCCCAUCACCCUGCUGCAGCAGACCACCUCGGGCCUGGCGCAUCUGCACUCCCUCAACAUUGUUCACAGAGACCUGAAGCCCCACAACAUUCUCCUCUCUAUGCCCAACGCACAUGGCAGGAUCAAGGCCAUGAUCUCGGACUUCGGCCUGUGCAAGAAGCUGGCCGUAGGCAGGCACAGUUUCAGCCGCCGCUCAGGAGUGCCGGGCACGGAAGGCUGGAUCGCUCCAGAGAUGCUGAGCGAAGACUGCAAGGACAACCCGACCUACACGGUGGACAUCUUCUCUGCGGGCUGUGUCUUUUACUACGUGAUAUCGGAGGGCAGCCACCCUUUUGGCAAGUCCCUGCAGCGGCAGGCCAACAUCCUCCUGGGAGCCUACAGCCUGGACUGCUUGCACCCUGAGAAGCACGAAGACGUCAUUGCCCGGGAAUUAAUAGAGAACAUGAUCGCCAUGGAGCCUCAGAAACGCCCGUCCGCAAAACACGUGCUGAAGCACCCGUUCUUCUGGAGCCUAGAGAAGCAGCUGCAGUUCUUCCAGGACGUGAGUGACCGAAUAGAAAAGGAGUCCCUGGACGGCCCGAUAGUGAAGCAGCUGGAGCGAGGUGGGAGAGCCGUGGUGAAGAUGGACUGGAGGGAGAACAUCACUGUCCCCCUGCAGACAGAUCUGCGGAAAUUCAGGACCUAUAAAGGUGGCUCCGUCCGAGACCUCCUCCGAGCCAUGAGAAACAAGAAGCACCACUACCGGGAGCUCCCCGCGGAGGUGCGGGAGACGCUGGGCUCCCUUCCCGACGACUUCGUGCGCUACUUCACGUCUCGCUUCCCCCACCUCCUCUCCCACACCUACCGGGCCAUGGAGCCGUGCGGCCACGAGCGGCUCUUCCAGCCCUACUACUUCCACGAGCCCCCAGAGCCCUGGCUUCCAGUGACUGCAGACAUCCCUUGAGCCAGGGUGGCCAUCCAUUCUGGUGGUCCCAGCUGUGACUGUGGGCUUGGUCUCUGCAAGUCCGAGCCAGACGCCUCUCGGCUUAGCAGGGAGACCAGGCUCCCAAAACAAGUGCCUUGAGCUGCCCACUCUGCCUCCAGCAGAGGAAGACGCCAAUCCCAGGAGGUGGGAACCGCGGCCCCUUCUGACCUGUAGGGAGUUGGGAAGAUGUUGGCCACGAAAGCUUUCCAGUUGGGGUCCUCUGCCAAGGAGGGCCCAUCCCAGACGCAGUGACAGAAGCAUCCUCUGCCUUCUCCUGGACGCAUUGGCUUCAGACCUACAGUUUAUUUUUUCAACUUCCUGCUUGGUGUCAGCCUGUGGGCCUGUAAGGAAGAGAGGGGAGGCAGUCCUGCGUUUUGCCUCCGUGCGGGACCAGGAGCACCUCUCUCCUUGACCAGCGAGGCUGAGGGGCACGAAAUGGAGUCUCUGCUCUAAGUGGGGCUCCAGAGGGAGGGACAUUGGGGAGUAGGAAGUCGUUCAGAGGGCGUCAUUCCUAGGGAUCGGAGAUGCCUCACUCAUCGCGAACGCGCCCAGAGUUCCCCAGGUCGCUAGAGCCAGUGUUCCUUGGGGGCAGUGAGAGUCCUGAGCGUGAGGCACCGUGUUGGGGCAGGUGAGCGCCGCCCACUAGAAGACAAGGCCGUGUCUGCUGAUCUCUUAGAAAUGAAGAGGGUACUCUGUCCUGAGUCCACAGUAGUCCAGUGCCUUGGUGGCCUUUGAUGGAUUGGGGGGAUGUCUAGGAGCAUGUGGGGGCAAGAGGUGAUAAGUUCCCCCAUCAAGAAGAGCAGCACCCAGGCAGGAACGGGCCUUUGGGACCAGAGGGGAGAAGGCCACAUGCAACACUUAUGGCCACCCUGUGGGGAGUCCUGGGCCAGCAUAUGGGCAAUGAGGCUCUCUGUCCUGGACCGGAGGACGGGCCAGGGGGUCGGGAGCAGAGGCCAGAGUCACCACAAGCUUCGUGGGCAGGCUUUUAUGUUUCUCUUGGCAGAUUUUAAUAACUUUAUAAUUUGAUCAUACUGUAGAAUGCUACGUUAGCAGAAGUAAGCUGAACUUGAAGCUUACUCGUGAAGAAGAUAAAUGCAAGAUAUAUAAUACACUUUCUAUUUUGUGUAGUACCAAAAGCCUCCAUCCCCUCCGGAAAGAGCGUUCACGUUCAGAACGUGCUCUGAUGCCGAAGAGUAAAGCCGUAUAGCAAGGCUGUCCGCGUCCCUUAAACAACUUGAAAGUAAUAUUCCCUCAAUUAUGUCAAUACCAUCUUUUUGGCUAAAAUUAGUAGAGUUUUUGACUUUAGUCUCAGUCCAAACUUGCUGUCUUUUCUCUACCAAGAGCCUUAGCAGUUCAAUGUGAUCAGGGUACAGUGUGGCGAUGUCCCCCAUGUCCUUUGUCCAGCCGGGUGAGUGGGUCCUCGCCCUUUGUUCAGUGCCGGCGAGCUCAGAGACCCCGCUCGGGAGCAAGGAUGUUGCUGAUGGACCGAGAGCGCACCGUUCCUUCUGUGAGCUGCUUCCUGAUGGCGGGUUGGGCUGAGGGCCACUCAUCAGAAGCUCUCCUGUGUCUUCGUAGAAUUCAGUUCCCUUCCUUUCAUAAUGACACGACUUACUUAAGUUCCCUUUAUCCUCCAUCUGCUGUUAUCCUCCCUCCUCACCGGUUACCCCGCGUAGACCUGGGAGCCCUGGGGCUGGGGGCGGGCAUUGUGCUGCGUCUUCUGCCACGGCACCCACGGUUCAGGAACACAGCCAGAUGGCUGUCCUCUCCCCACUCUGCUGCAUCUGCGCUGUUGUUGUCCCUAGGAUCUGCGGUCACUUUGCUGCCGGGCCUGAGUGUGAU